ACAUACAUACAUUAUACAUACAUAGGGAGAGAGAGAGGAGAGGAGAGAGGGAGACGGAGGGGAGGGGUCUUCAAAUUCUUCGAAAAUUCGAGCACAGAAGCAAUCAAUCUUCAAAUCACAUAACUUUCUCUGUGCACUUGGUUUUGUCGGGUAGAUUCUUCUGAGAGUUCUUGUUCUUCUGGGAGUUCUUGUGCUAUCCUUAAUGGGUGCUCCUAAGCAAAAAUGGACACAAGAAGAAGAAGCAGCUCUUAAAGCUGGUGUCAUUAAGCAUGGGGCAGGCAAGUGGCGUACAAUACUUAAAGAUCCGGAAUUUAGUGGCGUCUUGUAUUUACGUUCAAAUGUUGAUCUCAAGGACAAAUGGAGAAACAUGAGUGUAAUGGCGAAUGGAUGGGGCUCCAGAGAAAAGGCUAGGUUAGCCCUUAAAAGGAUGCAGCCUGCCCCUAAACAGGAUGAGAACCCUAUGGCUCCUAGUACAUCAGUUGAAAGUGAUGAAGAAAUUGAUGAUGUUAAGCGUCUUGCAGUUUCUAGUGGUUCUCUGCAGAUUGGUGUUCCAAAAAGAUCAAUCAUAAGGUUGGACAAUCUUAUCAUGGAUGCUUUAAACAACUUGAAGGAGCCUGGUGGUUCUAAUAAGACUGCUAUAGCUACAUACAUAGAGGAACAAUACUGGGCUCCUCCAAACUUCAAACGAUCAUUGUCAGCGAAAUUGAAGUUUUUGACUGCUAGUGGGAAAUUAAUUAAGAUGAAACGGAAGUACAGAAUAGCAACACCUUCAACAUUAUCAGAUAAAAGAAGAAACCUGUCUGGGCUACUCCUGGAGGGAAGGCAGAGGACUUCGCCAAAAAUUGACAAGGAUGAUAACAAUAUUCUAACUAAAGCUCAGGUUGAUUUGGAAUUGGCUAGGAUGAGGAGUAUGAAUCCACAAGAGGCUGCUGUAGCUGCUGCCCAAGCAGUUGCAGAAGCAGAAGCUGCUAUAGCAGAAGCUGAAGAGGCAGCACGGGAGGCAGAAGCAGCGGAAGCUGAUGCAGAAGCAGCACAAGCUUUUGCAGAAGCAGCAUUGAAGACACUAAAAGGACGAAACAUUAACACUCCAAGGAUGAUGGUUCAUGCUUGAUGGAAUUUGACAAAAUGGGCUAUCCAAAUCAAUAAACUAGAGUUUUGUUUGGAUCAACACCCAACAUAGAUAUAUGUAUGUUGUUUGCCAACAUCUGUAGUUGUAGAUAUGGUAACAUUUCUCAGCUGGUGAAAUGCAGGAUGUGCCUUAUUGUCGAAUUCUAGUGAAUCAGUGCAGUCAUCCGAAGCCUCCUCUUUUGGCAGCUUAUUUAUUUCAAAACUUUUGCAUAUGCUUUUUAGUUUUUCUGUUUCAGGGAUGUUAAUCCAUUGCAGGUUUUGUGGAAACUUGUGGAGAAACUAGGAAAUACAAAGAAACAGUAGAAGUUGGAUUCAAA